AUACAUUCUUAAUCUUUGCAGUACAUAAAGACCAGCCUUGUGCUAAUCAUUGUCUAAAUAAUAAUAAUUUGAUUUUAACACCGGAAUCAUGGCAUUGAUAGACAUAAAAUAUGGUGUUCGCAUUUGUUUAGACUUUCUUCUCCUCCUAAUUGUGGGUCUUGUUCUUCUUGUGGGGAAGAAAACGUGGGUACCUUCGCAGCGUGGCUUCUUUUGUGACGACACAAGCAUUCGGUACCCCUUUGUGGACCACGAAACUGUGGGUGAUACCUCACUGUUAGGUGUGGGUGUGCUAUUGCCCAUUGCGACGAUACUGGGUCUGGAGUGGCAGCGAUGCCGCUCCUCAGAAGUCGGCAAGCGCGUGCAUGUAUGCGGGCGGCCGCUGCACAGCUACUUCUGGAGUCUGUACAACAACGUGGGCUGCUUCUUGUUUGGCUGUGCCGUAUCUCAGCUACUCACCGACGUCGCUAAAUACUCCAUCGGCAGACUCAGACCGCACUUCCUCUCUAUCUGCAAUCCUGAUUGGAGUACGAUCACGUGUGUGGACCCAGUGAGCGGCGGUUACAAUUACGUCUUGCCGGACUGCAGCCCCAAGGACGAAGACCGGCUGAAGGAGGCUAGACUGUCCUUCCCUUCAGGCCACGCUUCCUUCUCAGCCUUCACCAUGAUCUAUCUCGUGUUGUACCUGCAAGCACGCAUGAGGCUGCGCGUGCGUCUCGUACGGCCGUUCGUGCAGUUCGCGUGUCUGCUGAUGGCGUUCUACACGUCGCUGUCGCGCGUGUCCGACUACAAGCACCACUGGUCCGACGUGCUGUUCGGCGCCCUCCUCGGCACCGUCGUCGCCGUCCUAGUGGGCGUGUUCGUGACCCAACUGUUCGACGCGAGGUCCGAAUGUACAGACGACAGCUUGGGUGAUCACCGCUACAACACCAACACGUCGGCCGUGUCUGAGAUGCAGCGCCGCCACCCGCGCAUCGAGACGUGCUAAGACACUCUUUUAGUCUCAGCUUACAGCGCGCCAAUUAUGCUUGGGGACGAUGCCAAUUCAGUGACUAACUGGAGAGAACAGUGUUUACUUGAGCUUACAUUUGUUAUGUACGAUGGAUAAACUUUAGUUAUGAAUCAUUUCUUGGCUCAUUGCAGUCGAGUUCCCGCCUUCUGUUCAGGUCGUUAUUUGUUCAGAGUAUAAUUUUGAUAGAGUCGAAAUUGAAACAGAAGCAGUAUUUUAAUCGACGUGCUCAGUUCUAAUGAGCGAUAUCAGCUCGAAUGAUUCCUUCGAUAAACUUGUCUUUAUCUAUUGAAGCGACCUACGUUCAUCACGAACUAGACGAUAAAAUGUUCACACAAAAUUCAAUGCAACUUUUAUAUGCAUGAAUAUGGAGCUUCCUAGAAUGUUGACCGUCACUUCAGUCUUGGUUAAAUUUUCGAACUAUGUUUGACAUAAUAUUAUAUGCGCUACAAACUAGGAUUCGAACGUCACAUUAGUGCCUAAUGUAAGGUUUGAUUUGUUGUAUUUACCCUUUCAAAGCCUACGGCUCGGAAAAGCUGAGAGGUUUUGCUGAUGCAAUGACCACUAAAAAGAAUGAAUUGAAUUUUUACAGUGUGAUUGAGUUUUAGAGGUCGCUAAUUUCAAAAGUUUCUAUUUGAUUGCUCAGGUGACGCUAUUCUUGUUCACAUGCGUGAGAUAAAACUAAGUCUGUUAGCUUGUCCUUGUUGAAUCAUCUACUUUUUCGUCUUCCUUGAGGUGAUUGUCAUCUUGCAUGUUAAUUUAAUUUUUCCACUUACAGAUAAGAGUUCAGUAUUCAUAAAAUUUGAUUUAAAAAUGGUUAAAUAUAUGCACCAAUUAGGCGUAAUGAAUCUCAUUUUCGGUAAUAUCGAGGACCCCUAUUAAUUUUAAUUUCACCAAUCAAAGCAUUUAGAAGACCAGCAAGAGUGAAGAAUCACAAAUGUAAGAGCAUGUGACUCUUAUUCUCAAAGUUGUUCGUUGUUGCGUGCGAAUAACUUUACCACACGUGUGUUUCCAUGUUUUCUAUUUGUUGAUGAAUCACAGAUAUUAGUUUAAGUAAUUCGUUGUUAUAUCAGUUUUAUUAUAGAUAGAACUAUGAGCUCUGAAUAGUUGAACGAUGUGAAUGCUGUUGCAGCAUUGGGUUUAGUAGACUUGUUCUCUUAUAAAAUCUAACGCAUGUGCCAGAAUGUAUGAUUAAUUCCGCCCUAGGGUUAAUUCCUCAGUUACCGAACGAAAUGCUCCAGGCAUGCCGUUCAUUACAAAUAGAUCCUUAUUCGUCUUCCUAGACGAUGCUUGGUAAUGAAUCGCUGUCCAUCAUUAGGAUGUAUGUUAGCCUUAAGCUUCUGCUCUUGAAGGUUUAGCGCUCAUUCAUUAAAAUGACGGGUAAUUGGUUGACGAAAGGAUGGCACUAUAAUUUAAUGAAUAUUCACGAAAAGUAACGAUUUGGUGAAGUAAAUUUCUUAAAUUACAAAACAAAAUUCCUUAUUAUUCGAAAGCUUCUUGCACUGCCGAACAAAAUAGGAAACAGAGAAAGGUAUGAAGAUAAUAAUAGCUUAUAGGAAGAAAGAUCAAUGUUUUAUAUUCUCUUUCACAUUGAACAUUUAGAAUAAAUCGAUUCUCGAUUAAAA